AGGACAGCAGCAGGGGAAGGGUUUGGGGACAGACAGACCAGGGGUACAGGGAUACCAUCACCUCACUGCUGGGCAGAAGGGUCUGGGGGCUCCUGGGGACAGCAGACCUGCUGCUGCUGGUGGCACACAGGUGACAGGGGGCUCUCAGCCCAGGUUACCUGCUCACCUUGCAGGACACAGCCACCCCUGCUCCUCCUGUGAGCCCCUGCUCUGCCAGCCCAGCAGCCGUGUCCUUCCAGCCCUGUCAGGGCUGUGACCGUGCUGGUGACACCAACAGAGCCCAAACCUCCUCCCCAGAGCUGUUAUUGCCAAGAGAGCCCCUCAGGGCUGCCUGCUCCAGAGGGGACUCGCCACUGACCACAGUCGCCACCGCCAGCAGAGCCAGCGCCCGGGGCGGCGACGAGUGGCCAAGUCCCAGACCACACUGGCCCCCUGCCCUGUCUGCUCCGAGGCUCCCUGGCACCUUGGGGACCGGACACACCUCUGGGGCACAGCCAGGGGCUGGGGCUUUCCCUUUUUAGCUGCCUGGCUUGCAGGGACGGGCCACACUGCAGGACAGAGGCCGGCACAGCUCCGCGGCCAUGGAGAGGGCUCCUAACCUGCUCCUCCUCUGCAUCUUCACCUUCGCCAUGGUCCCGGUUCCCGAGGCCAAGGACCAGAGCAAGGCAGCCAAGGGCAGGAGAAGGGGCCCAGCACGGCCACCCACAGCCCCCCCUGCCCUGGCCUGGGCCCCAGAUGACCCCUACAGCAGCAUGGCAGAGUUUGAGCACAGCAUCCAGGACAUGGUGCGCCAGCUGCGGAACGGCUCCGAGCCGGGGGACACCAAGUGCCAGGUGAACCUGAGGCUCUGGAGGUCCAACAGGAGGAGCCUGUCCCCCUGGGCCUACAGGAUAAACCACGAUGCCACACGGAUCCCAGCAGACCUCCCUGAGGCCCGGUGCCUCUGCACUGGCUGCAUCAACCCGUUCACCAUGCAGGAGGAUCGCACCAUGGCCAGCAUUCCCAUCUACAGCCGCCUGCCCGUGCGCCGCCUGCUCUGCCCGGGCCCGCCCGAGCCGGCCCACAGGCCCUCGGGCAAGAAGAAGUGCCACAAGAAAUACCAGAUGGUGAUGGAGACCAUCGCUGUGGGCUGCACCUGCAUCUUCUGAGGCUGCCAAGCUACCCCCUGCAGCUCCCUGCGGGCAUCUAACCAGCUUGCUCUUGCUUCCCCAGCUCGCCCAGCCCUUUGGGAGAGGCCACCUGGCUGGGCAUCAGGGUGAGGGGAGGUCCCUGGGCAAGAACUCCUCAAAAUUCCCCUGCAGAUCCAUCAGCCUCAGCCCCAGCAGCUGCCUUGGGGUCACCCAGUGCCAGAUAUUGACUGCCCCCAGCCCCCAGGGAGGAGCUCAGCUGUGGGCUGGGGGAGAGGGAGCCAGCUGCCCAUGGUGCUUCUGGCUGGGCAGGAUGAGGAUGAGGAUGAGGAUGAGGAUGAGGAUGAGGACCAGCCCUCCUGCCCUUCCCAAAGUCCCCACUUCCCUUUGUUUGCUCCAUCGCUGCAACAGCCCCAGCAACACCCAGCCCUCCUGUCCUUCCCAGUCCUUCCCAGUCCUCCCCAGCCCUCCCACAAGUUCCUCUGUGCCAGGCUGGGCAGUCCAAGGAGCGGGGUGAGCUGGUUUGGGCAGCUUCUGAGGUCUCAAUAAAGCGCA